GGGGCUGUCUUUUGCGCGAGGGUUUUGCUGUCUGUUAUUACUCCUUCUGCGUUCUCCAGCGGCCCCGGGGAUGCUGAGCGAACGGGGCUGCGCGCUGCCUGUAUCGUUAACGUGACGUAACGGCCUGCGUUAGAGAGCUGAGACAGCGCUGAGGUGGGCCGGUUGCUGAGGUGACGUGCUUGUGGACCGGGUGCUGAAAGGGCAUGAAGGUUAAGUGAAGCUUAAAUGGACUUUUGAAGGUAAUAAUAGGAAGAAAAAAUGGAGACAGAGACCAUUUUAAAUCUUAGACAGCAACUGAAAGAAGCAGAGAACGAGCGAAGGAAGGCUGCACAAUAUGGCUUACACUUGUUGGAGUCUCAAAAUGAAAUUCAGAAUCAGUUGGAUCAAAUACGUCGGGAACUAACGGAGAAGACUGAGAAAUUUGAACAAGAGAAAUAUUCUCUUCAGAGAGAAAUCGAACUUAAGAAUAGGAUGUUGGAAAGCCUGAGUUUUGAAUGUGAUGCCCUCAAGCAACAGCAAAAUGUGCAACUGGAUAAACAGAAAGAACAGCUUACCAGAGCUCAUGGACAAGAAGUCAAUGACCUUAAAUACAAGUUGGAGAAUCUGAAGGCAGAACUAGAUGAAACUCGGCUCUCUGAGAAACAACUGAGGCACAAAGUGGACCAUCAGAAGGAAAUAAUUGCUGCCAAAACAGAAGAGCUGCACAUGAUGUCUGAACGCGUGCAUGAAACCAUGUCUUCAGAAAUGCUCAAUCUUCAGAUGGAGCUCACAGAACUAGAAAGUGUGAAGGCCAGUGUUGAAGAAAAGCUGAAUGAACUGCAGUACAGCAAAGAGCAACUAGAACUCAUCAACAGUAACUUACGUAAUCAGCUGGAGCGUCUACAAGCAGAAAAGGAAGAGAGGGAAAAAGAAGUUGUUUCUUACUGUAAUGCACUAGAGAAAGCUCGUGAAGCUAAUCAAGAGCUUCAGGUUCAGCUGGAUCAUGUGGUGCAGCAGUCUUUGGACCCUGCAAGUAAAGGCAAUUCUCUCUUUGCUGAGGUGGAGGACCGUAGGGCAGAAAUGGAACGACAGCUGAUCAGUGUGAAAAUAAAAUAUCAGUCACUACAAAAACAACAUGCAUUCACUAGAGAACAAUUGCAAAGAAUGAAGCUGCAAAUGGCUACCCUGCUACAGAUGAAAGGUUCUCAGGCAGAAUUUGAGCAGCUGGAACGCUUGCAGUCAAUGUUGGAGCAAAAGAAUGGUGAAAUAGAAGAUCUUCUUGUGAAAGUGAGGCAACUAGAAAAAUUCAAGACUUUAUAUGAGAAUAUGGAAGAAUGUAGAGCUGGUAGCAGCUCAAAAGGAGGAGAGUCUGAAGACGGUUACUACGCUGACUUGCUGCAAAUGAAACUCGACAACUCAAACAAGGAAACCGAAACCUUGAAAAAUGAGCUAUCUUUGCAGAGAAUGAAGGCUUUGUAUGAGAGCCAAAGGGUUCUGGAAGUUGAAAGAAAACUCUUUACAAAUGAGAGGCAUUUGCAAGCUUGUCAGAGUGAGAACAUGAAUUUGCGAGUUAUGCUGGAUGAGUUAAAAAUGAAAUAUGAACCUGAAGAGUUACUUAAACUCACUAAAAUUAAAAAGAAAAGGGAGAAGAUUCCAGUGGAUGCUGCUUGUGAGUACUUAGACAGCAAAAAUACUCCAGCAAAUGAGGCACAUCUUCCAAGUAAGGAGGAAGCUAAGAUGACUUCAAAUAACUUGGAGCAAAUUGAUUCUUCAUCCAAAAAACAAGCGCUCGAAGCAUCACCAAUAAAUGUAGCUCUUCAAUCAAUGGACAAAGCAGUGGAACCUGAAAGAGAAAGAAAGAGAAUUAAAACUAAAGAUGACAGUCUUGACACCUGCACGUCAUACAGCAGAAGCGGAAGUAAUUUGUUGACUUCUAAUGCCCCCAGGUUAACAACCGAAUCCAGAUUUGAAGCUACAGAAACCCAAGAUAAGAAGGAAAAUGUAAUCACGACCAAGAAGAAAACGCAAAAGAAAAAAUACACUACAUUGCGUGUGUCUUCUAAGCCAACUCCUGAAACGCAGUGUGCUCAGCAAUAAAUCUGGAAGGAAUCUGAAUAAUUUGGAGUCCUGCUUCAGUAGGAAAUACUUCUUGCACAUAAACAUGCAGGUUCCUGAUGCUGAUCUGCGUUGUUAAAUGAACAGUAUGGCUGCAUUAAUGAUGCACACAUCUGAUGACUUCACUUCCCAGAGGACCCUGCUGAGUGCCCAGCAGCGUCACCUGGUGUCGCCUGGUGCUGAGACUGAGCACUUGUUAGUUCUUGUUUGUUUGAGUCAGCGCUGUUCUGAAAGACAAGCACUUGCUAUGGAAGUCACCUAAUGUGAUAAAUGAGGGUUAACCCAAGCAAUACCUGGUAGGCAGUGGUGACUAGAAGAAAGCAAAGCUGUCUGUAAUUGCUCCUGAAUUUCUUCCAUUUCCUGGAUUCAGAUUUCUUAAUGUUUUUUCCCCCAAUUUGCAUCUGCACCUUCACUGUGAGGUUGGUCUGAGAGCUGAAUGUGUGAAACUUUCUUCACACGCUUUGUGAGCUGGUAUUAUUUUGAAACUUUAUUUUUACUGAUAAUUAAAAUAAACUUUUGCUUUUUAUUCCUUCCUAAGGUUGAUCUGUUGCAUUGGAGACAAAAUACUUUUUUUCUGAAACUGCCAUUUCGAGAGAGAUUUGACGGCAAGCAUUUUGUUUGAGAAAUACGACUUAAUAAAAGCUGGUAAAUCAU